AUGGCAUUCAACUCGGCUCACAAUAAUCAAGAUGACGACUCUAUAAGACUUAUGAAUAAGACGUACACAGAACACACAGCCAAGUAUAUCCAACUCGUUAGUAGGAUGGAAGCAAAAUUUGCCGAAGAUUUUGUUGAACUUCCCAAGGUUGUGUUUUGUGGAAACCAAUCGGCUGGAAAGACCAGCUUAUUGGAAGCAAUUGCUAAUGUUCAG